AUGUCCAAAAGCCUUAAGUACAAAUGUAUAGUGUUAGACCAAGACGACACAACAGUGGACUCUACUCCUUCCGUGCACUACAAAUCGUACCAACUCUUUAUGAGUAAAUAUCGAAAAGAUUCUCCAAUAUUUACUUUAGAAGAAUGGUACAAAAUCCUCUGGGACGUGAAUACAACGCAAUUCUUCAAUGAUGUCCUUUGCCUUUCAAAUGAUGAGAAGAAGGAGAUAUAUCAAGAGUGGAUCAAUUGUUACACAAAUAGUCGAAUUGAAAUGUUUCCUGGCAUUCUCGACUUCUUAAAAGAGUAUCGGAGCCUUGGUGGCAUCAUAAUCGUGUGUACUCAUGGACAGGCUACUGUUAUUAAAGACUUUUAUGAGAAGUAUACAAAUGGGGCGUUUCUUCCGGAUGACAUCUAUGGCUUUGACCCGACGCACCCGGAGUUAUGUAAGCCAUACCCCUAUCCUAUUGAGUGUGUUCUACAGAAAUAUCGGUUGACGAAACAGGAUAUAGUAGUGGUCGAUGACUUAUCUCAUGGCCUUUUAAUGGCAAAGAAUGCUGGUGUUGAUUCAAUCGGUGCCUUAUAUGGAAAAGGUCAUCAACUCGUUGCCGAUAGAAUUAAAGAGCUUUCGAAGACAACGGUGGACUCUGUCGCCGAGUUGAAGAGCAAAGUUAUACUUUUAAGUAGUGCUUUGUGA